GUUAAAAGCGGAGGGGUUUUGGCCCAGCUGCUUGGUUUUCUGCCCUCCUGGAACGCGUGCUCAAGAAUUUCUGUUAGUCACCCGUUUCUUCAACCCUGUGGGGCACGGUUUAAGGACACCAGCUGUCACGUAAGCAGUCACGCUGUCCGGAGACCACAAUGCCCUGAGGAGGUCCCGGCUGGCUCGGUGUAGAGAGACAGGGGCCCGGCUGGGCAGCCACCGGCUGUGGGCAGGAAACAGUCUCAUGAACAUCUGUCCCAGUGAACCCUUCAGCCAACCCCAGCCAACAUCUGUUUGCAAUUGUGUGAGAGACCCAAGUAAGAGCAGCCGGAUGGAGUCAGGUGAAUGCACAGAACUGUGAGAAGUAACGCCACAAACAGUGGUUUGAAGCCGUUUGAUUCUGUGGUGGUUUGUUACAUAGCCAAGCUCUUGAUACAGGACCUUCCCGCCGACCACUGCCUCCUGGAAAUGGGGUUCAUCUCUCCUUAUCUUUCUCCUGAGAAUUAGCUGUCACCCCCCCUUCUUCCCUCACCAGCCGGGAAUUCAGGCUAGUGAGGGAAACACUGCAGAGGCGCUGAGUCCACGGUCUGGGCCUUUCCCAGCUGGGUGACGGUCACUGAAGUGCCAGGCUGUUCUGAGCAGCACCGCAGGCUGGCAGGGGAAGCGUCUUAUCAUUGCCUUGGCCUGUUCACCUCAUGGCAGAAGAUUCCUUCCACAUGAAGAUCCCCAGCAACUCCAGGCUUAAAUGUACCUCCAGCUUAUAAUCUCAGAGAGAGAAAGAUCCCCACUCUGCCGUUAUGUGCAUUGAACUCCUCUCCAAAGAUCUCUGAUCGGCCCUAUUUGGGUUAUAUGACUCUUCCUGAGCCCAUCGCCGUCUCCAGGAGCUACACCCGCUGUGAGGAGGAUGUGCGGCCUCCUGCCUGACAGCUCUACACUGGAGGGAGGCCGCACAUCUGGAGGACAAUGGGGAGGUGAGAGGACUUGGAUCUUGGCUAAGAGACGGUUUCCAAGUGUCCCCGAUCCUGGUCUAGAGAUGAGGAAACAGUGCUCCAGAGAAAUUGGUGACUGUUCAGCAUGAAGCAGCCAGUAGUGUUUUACGGAGUUUUUGGAUCCAUUCCAGAGAGUCAUCCAGCCGGAGGAGAUCUGGCUCUAUAAAAAUCCUUUGGUGCAGUCAGACAACGUACCUACCCGCCUCAUGUUUGCAAUUUCUUUCCUCACACCUCUGGCUGUUAUUUGUGUGGUGAAAAUUAUCCGGCGAACAGACAAGACUGAAAUUAAGGAAGCCUUCCUAGCCGUGUCCUUGGCUCUUGCUUUGAAUGGAGUCUGCACAAACACUAUUAAAUUAAUAGUGGGAAGACCUCGCCCCGAUUUCUUUUACCGCUGCUUUCCAGAUGGAGUGAUGAACUCGGAAAUGCACUGCACAGGUGACCCCGAUCUGGUGUCCGAGGGCCGCAAAAGCUUCCCCAGCAUCCAUUCCUCCUUUGCCUUUUCAGGACUUGGCUUCACGACGUUUUACUUGGCUGGCAAGCUGCACUGCUUCACCGAGAGUGGGCGGGGGAAGAGCUGGCGGCUCUGUGCUGCCAUCCUGCCCCUGUACUGCGCCAUGAUGAUCGCCCUGUCCCGCAUGUGCGACUACAAGCAUCACUGGCAAGAUUCUUUUGUUGGUGGAGUCAUUGGCCUCAUUUUUGCCUACAUUUGCUACAGACAGCACUACCCGCCUCUGGCCAACACAGCUUGUCACAAACCCUACGUCAGUCUACGAGUCCCGCCGUCGCUGAAGCAAGAUGAGAGGCCCACGGCUGACAGCGCACCCGGCCUGCCCCCUGAGGGGAUCACCGAGGGCCCCGUAUGACUGGGACCUCGGAGGAGGGACGCUGAGCCCAGGCCACGCUCCACCACCUAUCAUAACACAGUAGAAGAGGUUUUCUGUAGUGUGUUCCUCAUCAGUUGUUUCUCCAAAUUAUCCUUCUGCUUCCAUUUUGCCGAUGGUGUUCCUGCUACUUUACAUGUCUACUUUCAGCUCUCCUGAGUUUGCAAGGGAAGGACCCAGGAACAUUCUCUGAGAGACCUGUGGGUUUGGAAGGAGGCUGCAAGGGUGGACGGGCGCAGCUUGGUCGAUUCCUGCAUCUGAAAUGUUUUAUAUCACAGCCACCGUCCUAUGAUUUCAUGGUUGUAAAGCAUAAUAAAAUGUCCCACCUGGAAGAUGUGG